AUGCUUCCUUCAACAAUAAAGAAAAUAUUUUGUCCUGAGUAAAAGAAACACAUUCCCAUAUUUCUAUUUCUCUUAGCAGCAGCGUAAGCAACAAAGAAGAUUUUUAAAGCUAAAGUACACAAGAAGGCGAAAAGAUUACUAUAUUUUAAGGCAGCUUUGUCCCAGUUUCUGACAGCAAAUAAAUUAGUUGAAAUGUAUAUAAAUCCAGAGAUGAAAGAAAACAAAUAGGGCAAAAACAAUUUAUUAAUAUCUGAGCAAUCACUUGGAAUAUCAGCUGCUUGCACUAUCAUCAAUACUGCUCCAACUAUUUAGAAAACACCCAUGAAAAGGUCAACGAAAAUGAAAAUUCUUAGAAGAGAUACCAAUUAUUUGUUAUCUUUAUAAAUCCUUAGACUUUCGCCGUUGUUGCUAUUUAAUUCCUCGUUCAUCUAAUAUUUUUGUUAGUUUGUUAUGUAAUUUAAUUAAAUUGGUUUUUAAAAAUUAUAUAAAUAAUAAAGGUCACUUGUUCCUUAAUUAGAUAUUAUACUAUCUAUUUAUCUAUUAAAUUAACUAUCCUCAAAUUAUUAUUGA